UGCAUUGGCUAAGCGCAUCCACAGCUGGAAAUCGAAAUCAUUUUUGUUGGCAGCAAAGGAAGUGGUUAUAAAAGCUAUCGGUUCAACGACCUCGGUGUAUGCGAUGUUGUCUUUCCUUUUACCAGCCACCUCGUGUCGUCGAAUGAAUGGGCAGCUCUCCCGAUUUUGGUGGGCGAGCCAAGACAAGGAGAAAGUGAUACAUUGGAUUGCAUGGCCAGUAGUGUGUGUGCGUAAGUUUAGGGGCGGAUUGGGAUUCCGGGAUUUCGACAUUUUCAACAUAGCCAUGUUGGCUAAACAAGUUUGGAAGAUCCUUAUGUCCCCAACUUCUACAUUAGCCAAGAUGUACAAAGCGCGAUAUCAUCCCCAUUGUUCGUUCCUCAAUGCUACGACGGGGACUCGGCCAUCUUGGGUGUGGCAAGGAAUUCUUGAAGGUCGUAAGCUUCUGUGCAAAGGACUUCGGUGGCAGGUUGGGUGUGGUACAUCAAUCAGAAUCCUCGAUGAUCCUUGGUUACCCACUUCUCCUCCCUCUUCCCCGGUUCUAUUGCCUAGAGUUUAGCUCCCGAAUCCGUUUGUGGCUUCCUUGAUCCACCCCAUGUCCCGUACUUGGAACAAGGAUCUCCUCCGAGAUUAAUUUACUAAUGACAGCAUUAAGUUCAUUUUAUCUAUUCCCCUACCAUCUUUGCCUAGGCCUGACAAAUAUAUUUGGUAUUACUCUGAUAUAGGGGAAUAUACAGUGAAGACUGGCUAUCAUCUCCUUUCGGAUGGGCAAUCCGAGAUGUUCAACAACCUCCCUCUGCAUCCCGACUCUCAGUUUUGGAAAUUACUUUGGAGCUUGCCCGUCCCUCCAAAACUUAAAUUCUUUUUGUGGAGGGUUGUUAGAGGGUUUUUGCCAUGUCUAGAAAUUCUGCAAAUUAAAUCCCUAAGUGAUUCGAACUUAUGCCCUGUGUGUUCCUCAGCUGUAGAGUCCAUUUCUCAUUGCCUAUUUAACUGCAGGGUAGCUCGAUAGGUUUGGAGCAAGGCUGGAAAGGAGCACAUCCGAGUGGUGUUAGCGAAUCUUUCCCCUGACAUGGCCUGGUCUUGUGUGUUUAAAUCAUUGCAACUCAACAAGUUGGAGAUGGCAGAGCUUCUGUUUCUCAUAUGGAGAAUAUGGAAGGCUCGCUGCUGGUCUUGUUAUGACCGAGUUCAGUAUUUGCCAGGCCUCCUUUUCCAACAAAUUUUGCACCAAAGGGACGAGUGGAUCGCAGCAACCGCGUUAGGCUCGCAUGGCAGGAAUCUUUCUGGUCGCUCUCCAUCCACCACGCCUUCUCCUUCUUGCCCAUCAGGGGGUUUGCUAGUUCGUUUUGAUGGGGCUACCAGCAGGGAGGUUGGUGGAAGCAUCGGUUUUGUGGGAUUCUCGGCAUCAGCUACAAUCGUCCAUGCUUACGGUAAGUACUAUGACGGUUUAUUCGAACCAUUCUUGUUGGAACUCUUGGCGUUGUGAGAUGCGAAGGAGUGGUGUUUAAUCAGGGGGUUACCUCUGUUUGUUUUUGUGGUGAUUCCCAAAUGGUGAUCCGGCGAGUAACGGAGAAUGAAGUUCAGCAUAAUCUUGGUGGGGCAAUUCUUGAGGAAGUCCGGUUGCUGAAAGUGUCGUUUGCGUUUAUUCGUUUUGUUUUUUCUCCUCGUAGAACUAACAGGGUUGUCCAUUGCGUGGCGAAAACGGCUCUUGCAUCGAUAGAUCAGCGCUUGGUUGACUACCGCUAUUUAUUUUUCAGCUCUUUGUAAUUCCCUAUUUAUAACAUACCCACCUCAGUAAAAAAAAAAAAAAAAAAAAAAAACAGAACCAUAGCAGCUUAGUUGAACAAGGAUGAGUAUGUUAUGAUGUCAAUCAUGCGCCAUUCCUUGUUGGGGAAAUGGGAAUGAAAUGGAUUUCCCCAG